AUGGGUUUCGGAGCUCCCGGUGGCGGUGCCGCCCCCAUCAAGCCUACGCCUCCCGAGCGUGGCAGCUUCCCUCUUGAUCACGAUGGCGAAUGCAAGCACCUUAUCACCGACUACCUCAAGUGCCUGAAAUCGAGACGAGGUGUGAACGACGACGAGUGCCGGAAACUGGCCAAGUCGUAUCUGUCUUGUCGGAUGGACCACAAUCUCAUGGCACCGGACGAUUUCAAGAACCUCGGGUUGGUGUUCGAGAAGGAUAAGACUACACCGAGUGGGGGUGCCGAGGGUGCGGAGAAGAAGGCAUAG